AUGGCUGUGAACAGCGUUGUGAACGACGGCAACACAAACAACUAUACUGAACUCGAUCUCACUCUAAAUGUCUCCACUUAUAUUUGGCAGAAAUACGGAAAAUAUCUUGAAUGCUGCGAAGACAGAAGAGUAAAAUGGUUAGGGGACUUAACUUAUCUAAAGGAUUUUGUGUCAAGUUUGUACGGCAAUGUCGGCAAAUGGAAUUCUCCUGGGGGAUCAGCAAAGUGUUUUCGGCACGAUCAAAUUUGCCUAACCUGGUAUGCAAAUAAAAAGUCUUUGCUUUUUCAAGGUGAGGAGGGAAAUAAACUAAAAGAUCUGAUUAUAAAAUGCUAUAAAAACAGUGAUUUGGCGCAUGACCAUGCCAAUACAUGCGAACAAGAACCUAUCGUAUUAGUCAACAACGGUAGACGAGAGUCACCAAAUGAGUGUCAAAAUUGUAGUCGUCUGUUUGCAGAAAUGACUGAAGUCAAUCGCAAAAUUGAUGGGCUGCAUGAGAUUGUCAAUAAUCUCUAUCAGUUGAAUACAAAGUUUGUAAAUUAUGAAUAUUCUAGAAAUGACGACAAACGAAGUACUUGUGAACUGGGCACGCAAACUGAUCUGUACUCGGAGCAGAGUGUUGCUCAACACCCAUCCGUCAUACAGACUGCUGAUAUCAACUUGGCUACCGAAAUAGAAGGCCUCAAGUUAGACUUUGUAAUUAUAGAAUCGAAAACUGCGAGAGAUUUGAGGCUAACAGACAAGCGAUAG